AUCGGUCAAGUUUUGCCGGAUGCAACGACAACAGCGUUCGAGUAUGAAGAUGAGGAUGGUGAUCGGAUUACUGUUAGAAGUGAUGAAGAGAUGAAAGCCAUGCUAUCCUAUUAUUACUCCACUGUAAUGGAACAGCAAGUAAAUGGACAGUUAAUAGAGCCUCUACAGAUAUAUCCAAGAGCCUGCAAGCCUCCUGGGAAACGGAACAUACAUGGCCUGAAGGUAAAUACACGAGCAGGUUCUGCUAAUAAUAGCAGUUCGGCAGUCUCGGAUUCCCUCCCAAGCAAUAGCUUAAAAAAGUCUUCUGCAGAGCUGAAGAAAAUACUUGCAAAUGGCCAGAUGAAUGAACAAGACAUACGGUAUCGAGACAUCCUUGGUCAUGGCAAUGGAGGCACAGUCUACAAGGCAUAUCAUGUCCCUAGUGGAAAAAUACUAGCAGUAAAGGUCAUACCCUUAGAUAUAACACUGGAACUCCAGAAGCAGAUAAUGUCGGAGUUAGAAAUUCUUUAUAAGUGUGACUCAUCAUAUAUCAUAGGAUUUUAUGGUGCUUUUUUUGUAGAAAACAGAAUUUCAUUGUGUACAGAGUUCAUGGAUGGGGGUUCUUUGGAUGUUUAUAGAAAAAUUCCAGAACAUGUACUCGGAAGAAUAGCAGUAGCUGUUGUGAAAGGCCUUACCUAUUUAUGGAGUCUAAAGAUUUUACACAGAGAUGUGAAGCCGUCUAAUAUGUUGGUGAACACGCGAGGCCAGGUGAAGCUGUGUGACUUUGGGGUUAGCACGCAGCUGGUGAAUUCUAUAGCCAAGACGUAUGUUGGAACAAAUGCUUAUAUGGCGCCUGAGCGGAUUUCAGGAGAACAGUAUGGAAUUCAUUCGGACGUUUGGAGUUUAGGGAUUUCCUUCAUGGAGGUAUGCAA